GGGAGAGCAACACGAGAGACACAAGGGAAGCUGUUGCGAUCGGAGAGAGAAGGAGGGAGAUGCAGGAGAACAUCAUGAGAUCUCUGCUGUGAAGACAAGAGCGAGCGAGCGGUAACAGCCGUGCGGCCGGAGGGAUGCUGCUCACGCUGCUUUUCUACCUUCGAGUCAAAGAAUCGAUCUAUCGCCGCGGGGCCAGAAGAUGGAGGAAGCUCUACCGAGUCAACGGACACCUCUUCCAGGCCAAGAGCUUUAACAGGAAAGCCUACUGUGGCCACUGUAGUGAAAGGAUAUGGGGGCUGGGCAGGCAGGGCUACAAGUGUAUCAACUGCAAACUGCUGGUCCAUAAGCGCUGUCACAGACUCAUCCCUCAGACCUGCCAAAAGCUUAUGGAUCCAGUCAUGCCAUCACAGGAGCCCCCGUCAGACGACAAGAGUGAAGAAGUGGACCUUCCACCGGACGACACCGAGGACUCCGACGACAUACCCUUUUUACCACACAACUGUACAGAGGACAAAACAGAGGAUGCAGAUUCAGAGGACAUCAAAGGAGUUGUGGACGGCAUCGACGGCAUCAAGUUGUCCCAGGGUCUGUCUCUGGGACUGAGCGACUUCGACUUGAUCCGGGUGAUCGGGCGCGGCAGCUAUGCCAAGGUCCUGCUGGUUCGGCUAAAGAAGAACGAGCAGAUGUUUGCGAUGAAGGUGGUGAAGAAGGAGCUGGUCCACGAUGACGAGGACAUCGACUGGGUGCAGACAGAGAAGCAUGUGUUUGAGCAGGCGUCCACCAAUCCAUUCCUAGUCGGCCUCCACUCCUGUUUCCAGACAGAAAGUCGGUUAUUUCUAGUAAUUGAAUACGUGAACGGCGGUGACUUGAUGUUUCAUAUGCAACGACAAAGGAAGCUCCCAGAAGAACACGCCAGAUUUUACGCUGCCGAAAUCUGCAUCGCUCUGAACUUCCUGCAUGAAAAGGGCAUCAUCUAUCGAGAUCUCAAGCUGGACAACGUUCUCUUGGACCAUGAGGGACACAUCAAGCUCACAGACUACGGCAUGUGCAAGGAAGGGAUCAGACCAGGUGACACCACCAGUACCUUCUGUGGAACACCCAACUACAUUGCACCUGAGAUCCUCAGAGGAGAAGACUAUGGCUUCAGUGUGGACUGGUGGGCUCUGGGCGUGCUGAUGUUCGAGAUGAUGGCUGGCAGGUCGCCGUUUGACAUCAUCACCGACAAUCCCGACAUGAACACAGAGGAAUAUCUCUUCCAAGUUAUUCUCGAGAAGCCCAUUAGCAUCCCAAGGUCUCUGUCAGUGAAAGCUGCCAGCGUGCUCAAGGGCUUUCUUAACAAGGAUCCUAAGGAGCGGCUGGGUUGCCAGGUCCAGACGGGCUUCGUGGAUAUCAAGGCGCACACGUUUUUCCGCAGUAUAGACUGGGAGCAGCUGGAGAAGAAAGACGUGACUCCGCCCUUCAAACCUCAAGUCUCUGACGAGUACGGACUCGAAAACUUUGACACGCAGUUCACUAACGAGCCAGUGCAGCUAACACCCGAUGAUGAGGACGUCAUCAAGAGAAUAGACCAGUCAGAGUUUGAGGGAUUUGAAUACAUCAACCCCCUGCUGCUGUCCACAGAAGAGUCUGUAUGAAGGAGAGACACGAGAGCUUCCUCCUUCGCCCACCCACUGUCUGUCCACGCUGCCGUCUCAGCCAAAA